UGGGGAUGCCUAUGGAACCUCCUUAUCUUCUCAAAAGUGUAAAGCUUGAGGAUAACAUCGAAGAGGCUACCCCUGAACAUCAUGAGAUGACCACUGGAGUUACUUUUCAAAACCCUACAAAAGUAAUGAAAUCUGAAGAGCAGACAGAAAUGAUGUUAUCUGAUGAAGGAGAGAUUCCUGCUGAUGUUUCUUAUGAAUGUCUUCCAAAAAUGAUUAAACAUGAGGAAGAGCAAGAAAAUGGAGAGAUGACCCCUGAAGUUCCUUUCCAGAGUCUUUCAAAAGAGAUAAAACAUGAAGAUAUCAAAACUGCAGCGUCUGAUGACCAGGAAAUAACCACUGAAGUUCUUUUGCAGGGUCUUCCAAGAGAUAACAAAUACCAAGAAGACAUGGAAAAGACCACCUCUGAGCAUUAUGAGAUGAUUCCUGGAUUACUUUCGGAGGGUUUUCUAAAAAAGACAAACAAUGAGGAAGAAGUUGAAAAGGCUAUAUUUAAAAGUCCUGAGAUGACCAAUGGAGUUUCUUUCCAAUGUCCUGAAGAGUUAAUAAAAUGUAAAGAGGAAACAGAAAAGAUAAUACCUGAAAACAAUGACAUGACCUCGGAAGUUCCUUUCCAAGAUCUUCAAGGAGAGAUCAAACACCAGGAGGACAUGACCACAGGAGUUCCAUUCAAAAGUCUUCAACAAAGGAUACAAUGUGAGAAUGAAGUGGAAGAGACUGAAUUUGAACAUGACACUUUUUUCCAAGGUCUUCCCACAGAGAUCACUGAAGUUACUGUCCAUGAUCCAUCAAUGCUCACAAUAUCAGAAAAUGUAGUGACAGAAGGGCCUGAGCUGUGUGAGGAGCCCACUGGAUUUCAUUCAAAGGGAGACCCUUCUACAACAAAGCAAUUAGACAAAGAAACCGAAAGGGAAGUGGUUGACUGUUACAAGACAAUUCCUUGUGAAAAAUCCGUAGAGCAAAUCAAAUUAGAUGAACAGAAAGAGCAGACAAUAUUGGAGCACUCGGAGAUGCCUGAUAAAAGUCCUGCAAAAAGGCCUCAUUCUAUGACGGGAAAAACAGAAGAGGCAGAAGAAGAAGAAGAAAAUGAGAAGAUAGUGGAAUCUCUUGGAACAUCUUCCAUUGGUCAGGAAAAGCAAACAAAAUCACAACAAGGAUUAGAAAUUACCACAUCUAAGUAUUACAAUAUUCCAGAUACAGAACUCUGUAAAGACCUCGAAAAGCAAACCCAUCCUAUACCAACUUCUGUACCAGAGGAAACAGAGACAAAGACACCAGAAUGUUCCAUGGGAUUUAUGAGGACACCAUUCAAGGGUCGUCAAAGUUCACUGGUAGGAAUUGCAACUGAGGAAAUUAUCAAGAUUUCAUCCGAAGCGAGUGAGAUGCCCACCAGUGACUUUCCUACAGGUACUUCAUACUUCCCUAUGCAUGGAACAGAGGAAGAACUCGGUGUGAUGCAUAGAAGGCGUCAUAGUCUCGCCGAGGUUACCAAACACGUAGCAAGCAAAAGUCAAAAUAUCAGCGAAGACACUGAGACAUUUACUGGAUCCACUUCCAGUAGACCUGAAAGUCAAGCGAAGAAUGUGGAAAUGAAAACAGGGGAUUACGUUUAUCGUAAACGAACUGUGCUGCAUCCCCAGACGUAUGAAGACGAAAAUGUAACCACAAACAAUCGGCCAAGAAAUACUUUUUGCAGAAGGCUUCGGCAGAGACUCUGUAAGAUGCUCUGGAACCUCUGCAAGUUUUUUGGAAUGGCCAGGCAGGAAAAUCGCACAGAGACCCCCGAGUCCUCAGUAACUGUUUCAGUAGCCAGUUCAGACCCGAACUAUCCAUUGCCUUUUCAAAACAUGCACGAUAAGACAAUGAGUAACAGAGUCGACGUGUCGUUUGUCUCCGAUAAGGAAACCGUCGUUCUAGAUUUGGGAACAGGCUACCUGAAAGCUGGAUUUUCAAAAGAGAAAAGACCUUCAUGUGUGAUCCCCUGCUUGGCUGGCAAACACCAUUGGAAAUCUACCCAGUUGGAACGAAGGAAGAUUGGCAGUUUUGUAGGAAGACAGACAUUCCUGGAGAAGACACGUCCAUUAAAUCAUGGCAUUGUCACCGACUGGGAGUCCUUAAAAGAUCUCCUGAAUUACGUCUUCAAACAGAAGUUGACCAUUUCAGUUGAAGAACAUGCAGUCUUGGUGUCAGAUCCCCCGAUGAGUCCUGUGAAAAACAGAGAGAGGUGCGCAGAAAUGAUGUUUGAAGAUUUCUGCAUCCCUGCCAUGUGCAUUGCCUACCAACCUGUUUUAUCUUUAUUCUCCUGUGGUACCACAACAGGGGUGGUAGUGGACAGUGGCUAUGGUGUAUCUCAUUCUGUGCCAAUUUACGAUGGCCACUACAUGCCCAGCAAUAUUGUUAGGGCUAACUAUGCAGGCCAGGACCUAAAUGAAUAUUUGCUAAAUUUGCUGAAGCAGUCAAAUCGGGGGUCCAACGCUGCCUUGCAGGACGUCUUGGAAGACAUUAAACAAAAAUAUUGCUACAUCUCGUUGAACGCAGAGCAUGAAAUGAAAACCCCAAGUAAGUAUCAGAUGGAGUAUAAACUCCCGGAUGGACAGCUGAUAACUCUCGGCUCAGAAAGAUUUCAAUGCCCUGAAGCGAUGUUCAACCCGAAAAUGAUGGGAUCCGAGGAGCUGGCGUUGCACAUGAUGGCGUUGAGAAGUUUCUGCCGAUGUGAGGUGAACAUCAGAAAGGAGCUGAUGAAGAAUUUUGUCAUCUGUGGCGGCUCUACCAUGUUUCAAGGGUUCCCGGAGCGCUUUGAACACGAGCUGGCAAUGAUGGCCCUGGAUGGCACCCCAGGGGUUGUAGCUUUGCCUGACCGUAGUAGCGCGUCAUGGAUUGGUGGCUCAGUCUUGGCUUCCCUGCAAGAAUUUCAGCCUUUCUGGAUUCAUAAGAGAGAAUAUGAAGAAUGUGGGCCAUUCGUUCUGCAUCAGAAAUAUUUCUAGCACACGUAGACAUCGACUGGAAAGAGUCCAUGUGGACAGCAGGGGGCGCUCAUGAGCUAUCCAUGAACACUGA